ACAGGAAUUACAACCGAAACGACGUAUUGUUAUCGACAACAGAGAAAUCGUGCCUAUGUACGACGUACCCCACUUGUUGAAAGGCAUUCGAAAUAAUUUAUUAACAAAAGAUUUAAUUUGGGUCAGAAAGAAUGAAGAAGCGCAUGCAACGUGGAACGAUAUAAUUAGGGCUUACAGACUAUCAUCGGCGAUAUAUAUAAUGGCUAAGAAUAAACUGCAAGAUGCAUCCGGGAAUAUAAUGCAACAACGAGCCAAAGGAACAGCCGCUGUGCUAAAAUUUUUUGAUCAACUGUUUGAUAGCGUAAAUGGAAAUGUUCAGAAGGCACCGAGCCUGAAACCAUUAAAAGGUGCGGUGACAA